UUAUUCAUAUUAUGUUCACUGGCUAUUUUAUUUUUAAAUGUAUUUUGUUGUUUUCAUGAAACUGUUGGCUGACAAUAAAUCUCAUUAUACAUUGAGGUCGAACUUUAUUCACCAAGAUCCGGUGAAUUUAUGUAAGGGUGAAUCUAUUUUAAUCCAUAUAUUAUAUAUAUUAUUACUGUGCAUUAUUAAUUGUUAUAAUAGUGGAUUUGGUCCAGUGCGUAGAUGUGAUUUACUGAAUGCGGCCCCUUUAAGAAAUAUGACACCGCGCGCACUGAGCAUGCGCGGAAGAGAGACGCGCGAGAACCUUUGAAUAGCUUUGUUUUCUUUUUUCUGUCUCUCUCUUUCUUUUUGUUGUUUUAUUUGACGCUGCUAUACAUGUUAUAGUCGAACACUUUGUCAUCCACUGUAAGUGUUUAUUAUGUUAAAGAUCUUGUUAAUUCAAUAAAAAAGAGAGAAGCGCGAGAGACACGAGACAAGAGCUGAAACUUUCACCAGUUGAGGCUGAAAGUGACGCUGUUUAACGAUCAUGAAUGAAGAGCAAAUAUGAAAUAAAUGCCGCAUAUUUCCAGUCUGCAGAUCUGGUCCUGUGGGCACAACCCUCCCACAACAAUUCACCAAUAAAUACUGGGACUAUUCCCAUCAUCCUACAAAAGAAGGACAAACUCCAGGAGUAGCAGCUGAAAUCUGUGAGACUGUUAAAGAUGGAGUUCAUUAAAGAGGAGAUUAAAGAGGAGAUGGAGUUUAUUAAAGUGAAAAUUGAAGACAUGACUGAUCCAGAACCAUCCAGAAUAAAACAUGAAGAUACUGAGGAACAAAUAGACCAGCUGGAAGUGAAGGAGCAAAGACGUGAAGUGAAGAAACGCUGUGAUUUCAAAACUCAAGGGAAAAAAGCCAAAAAGCUGCACUCCUGCUCUCAGUGUGGAAAGAGUUUCCAAAAUAAAAUAAACCUUAACAGACACAUGAGGAUUCACACUGGAGAGAAACCGUAUCCAUGCACUCAGUGUGGAAAGAGUUUUACUCAUGCAUCAGCUCUCAGUUAUCAUCUGCACGUUCACUCUGGAGAAAAACCAUUUAACUGUGAUCAGUGUGAUAAAUAUUUUAUUUCAUCAUCAAAUCUAAAACUACACUUGAAAGUUCAUUCAGAUGAAAAGCCUUAUGUGUGUUCUCUCUGUGGAAAGAGUUUUUCACGAAUGGACAGUUUUAAACGGCACCAGAAAACACAUGAUGAAGUGAGAGAUCAUGUGUGCUUUGACUGUGGGAAGAGAUUUGCUAGAUCUCAUGAUCUGAAAUUGCAUCAAAGAAUUCAUACUGGAGAAAAUACGUAUCCAUGCACUCAGUGUGGAAAGAGUUUCACAUCUUCAUCUUUACUCAAGUAUCAUCUGCGUGUUCACUCUGGAGAAAAAAAAUUCAACUGUGAUCAGUGUGGAAAAGGGUUUAUUUCAUCAUCAGAUCUAAAAUCACACCUGAAAGUUCAUUCAGAUGAGAAGCCUUAUGUGUGUUCUCUCUGUGGAAAGAGUUUUUCAAGACUGAACAAUUUUAAACUGCACCAGAAAACACAUGUUGGAGUGAGAGAUCAUGUGUGCUUUAAAUGUGGGAAGAGCUUUUCUAGAGCUGACUAUCUGAAUCAGCACCAAAGAACUCAUACUGGAGAAAAACCUUACAAGUGCUCAUACUGUGACAAGAGUUUUGCUCAUUCUGGAAACCUGAAAUCACACGAGCGACUUCACACUGGAGAGAAGCGACUGAAAUCUGUGCGACUGUUAAAGAUGGAGUUUAUUAAAGAGGAGAUUGAAGACACGACUGAUCUAGAACCAUCCAGAAUAAAACAUGAAGAUACUGAGGAACAAAUAGACAAGAUGGAAGUGACGGAGCAAAGACAGAAACUAAUUGAAGUGAAGAAACACUGUGACUUCAAAACUCAAGGAACAGACCUGGAACACUCCUGCUCACAGUGUGGAAAGAGUUUCCAAAAUAAAGGUGACCUUAAAAAACACGUAAGAAUUCACACAGGAGAAAAACCGUAUCCAUGCACUCAGUGUGGAAAGAGUUUCAGACAAAAAGGAAGCCUUAAGACACACAUGAGAAUUCACACUGGAGAGAAAAUGUAUCCAUGCACUCAGUGUGGAAAGAGUUUUUCUCAAUCAUCAGGUCUCAGUGUUCAUCUGCACAUUCACUCCGGAGAAAAACCAUUUAAAUGUGAUCAGUGUGGGAAAGGUUUUAAUUCAUCAUCAAAUCUUUCGCAACACCUGAUAGUUCAUUCAGAUGAGAAGCCUUAUGUGUGUUCUCUCUGUGGAAAGAGUUUUUCAAGGCUGAAGUGUUUUAAACUGCACCAGAAAACACAUGAUGAAGUGAAAGAUCAUGUGUGUUGUGACUGUGGGAAGAGCUUUGCAAUAUCUAGUCAUCUGAAACAGCACCAAAGAAUUCAUACCGGAGAAAAACCUUACAAGUGCUCAUACUGUGACAAGAGUUUUGCUCGGUCUGGGUACCUGAAACUACAUGAGCGAGUUCAUACUGGAGAGAAGCCGUACCACUGUACUCAGUGUGGGAAGAGUUUCAAAGAUGGAAAAAGUUUAAAAGAUCAUCUGCGCAUUCACUCUGGAGAAAAGCCAUUUAACUGUGAUCAGUGUGGAACAAAAUUCAUUUCAUCAAAACAUCUGAAAAGUCACCUGAUCGUUCAUUCAGAUGAGAAGCCUUAUGUGUGUUCUCUCUGUGGAAAGAGUUUUUCACGGCUGAAAGGUUUUAAACUGCACCAGAAAACACAUGUUGGAGUGAAAGAUCAUGUGUGCUUUAAAUGUGGGAAGAGCUUUACUAGAGCUGACCAUCUGAAACGGCACCACAGAACUCAUAUUCGAGAAAGACCUUACGAGUGCUAAUACUGUGACGAGAGAUUCGCUUUGUCUGGAACUCUGAAACUAUUUAGUGGAGGACUUUCUUGACUUUCAACGCAGGGGAUUAGUUUGUCUGUAUGGGUCCUUGUCAGCUGUGUACUAACAGAGGAAGAAAAAGAUAGACAAAUACAUCAUAAUGUCAGAUGAUUCUGUUGUCAAAUACUCAAAGCCAUAUGCUGCAUUCACACAAUGUCGUAAUACCGUUAUUCCAAGAUGACAAAAUGUGACAUUGUACUCUGAGCCAUUCGUGUUCAUUGACUGGGAAUUAUAGAUUUUAAAGUCAACACUAUCCACGGCUAAAUGAAUCAGCAGCAGUGGGGUGGUACACUGGUCAUGUGGUAAAAGUAGGAACUCUCAGAAAAUUCCCAGUUUACAAGUUGCAAUUACGAGUUCAAUGAGAACGAUAGCGCUUGGAAGCUGGGAUCUCAUAAUUAUGCCCAUUAUAACAUGGCGUGAAUGCACAUACCUGGUUUACUGUAGAAAGAGCUGGUCAUUGAAGUACCAUCAGGUUGAUGUCAAAGCUUGUCGUUGACAUAAGGAGCAAACAGUAAAGUUAUAGUCUUUAUAAUGGCACCUGAUAUUUUGGUUUACAUGUGUUUGUGCACUGUACAGUAUGCAGAUGAAUACACUAGUCGGCCCUCAGUAACCCCACAUGACAUACUGCGAAUCUGGAGGUUUGGUCUUAAAUGAUUAAUUCACUUUAAAAAAAAACUUUUGCUGAUUAUUUACUCACCCCCAUGUCAUCCACACUCUCAGAAA